CAAACAAACCAACAAAUUGAUGGUUCUCAGCUACCUGUAAAUAUGAUGCAGCCACAGGUGACCGUAAUUCCGCCACAGCUGAAUGCCCAGCACCAGCCUGUGAAUAUCUUCCCGUAUUCCGUGGGCGUCCCCGCCCCACUGCUGAACAUCCAGCGCCACCCCUACACCCUCCCCCCACAGAUGCCACUGCACAUGCACACAGGUGUGCCCCUCGUGCAGGUUGCUGCUCCUCCUGCUGUAACUCAGGGACUGCCCCCACCCCCGCCCCCGCCCCCGCCCUCCCAGCAGGUCAGCUACCUGGCUUCACAACCAGAUGGAAAGCAGUUGCAGGGUAUUCCGCCUGCAGCCUCCCACGUGAGUACUAACUCGGGCACGCCGGCCCUGACUGCUGCGACGGCAGCCCCGGGAAGUGCGGGCACCGCUCAGGGACCAAGUUCUGGUAACACUUCGUCAUCGAGUCACAGCAAAGCCUCUAAUGCUGCUGUAAGAUUGGCAGAAAGCAAAGUAAGUGUUACGGUGGAAGCCAGCGCAGAUAGCUCGAAGACAGACAAGAAAUUACAAAUUCAAGAAAAAGCAGCACAGGAGGUAAAACUGGCAAUUAAGCCAUUUUACCAAAACAAAGAUAUCACCAAGGAAGAGUAUAAAGAGAUUGUCCGGAAAGCAGUAGAUAAAGUUUGUCACAGUAAGAGUGGAGAAGUAAAUCCUACGAAAGUGGCAAAUCUGGUGAGAGCUUAUGUAGACAAAUACAGGCAUUCCCGGAAGGGGGGCCAGAAGAAGGCUGCGCAGGAGCCGGCGGCGGCAGCCGUGGCAGCGGUGGCAGUGGCGGAGCACGGUGCAGGCUAAGGGCAGUGCCACCAGGACUGGGACCCCUGCGAGGAGCGAGGCCCCGUGCUGCACCGAGUCACGAGUAACUGUGAUGGAAACUGGUUUUGAUAAAGUUAUUUUUUUUAAUGUAGGAUAUGAUGUUUUGUUCUAAAUAAAUAGUUCUGCACUGCAACUUCCUGAUACCCUCACCUCAAAUAAGUAAAUUCAAGGGAAGGUAAAGGUUUAUAGGAGUGCAUUUUUAGCAGGACUGUGCAGUAGGGUGGAUGCUGGAAGAUGUGCAGCUUUUGGAUUGGACAGUGUAACUGGUGCGUAAAUGAGAGGCCUGCGUGCACUGGUUUUGGAAGAGAUAUAUGUAUAAUACAUUUAUUAUGUCAGACUAAAAAAUAAAGGAUGAAUUUUAUGGCUUUCCCCCUCUAAUUAUAGAAAGUUAAAAUAAUGUAUUACCAUGAAAGAUAUUUCUAAUAAAUAGAAUAU